AUGUAUUCUGUUUCUAACAAUACCAGGGGGCCCCUCGGGGGGCCCCCGGGGCCCCCCUGGGGGGCCCCCGGGGGGCCCCCAAAGGAAGAGUUGCUGUCUAUACACCCCAGCAAGAAAGAAGAGAAAAUAACAAAGACAGCUGUGGGGGCUUCGAGGGCCCUAGAGCAUAGCCUGCAGCAGCUGCAGCAGGAGCAGCAGCAGCAGCAGCAGCAUUUGCUGCAGCAGCAGCAGAUGCAGGAGAUGAUGUUGCAGCGGGAGCAACUGCAACAGCAGCAGCAGCAGCAGCAACAGCAGCAGCAGCAGCAGCAGCAGCAACAGAAGCAGCAAAUUCUUUAUACUGUCUUUCAGAAUUCUGCUUUGGGCCCCAGUGACCUUGGUUGGGCCUGUCUUCGUAUCCUGCAGCAACUCGAUGCUGCUGCUGAUGCUGCUGCUGUUGCUCCUGCUGCUGCUGCUGCUGCUGCUGCUGCUGCUGCGAGUGUAUCUCAGCAGCAGACAGCAAACAAAGAACUCCUGCUGCUGCUGCUGCUGCUGCUGCUGCUGCUGCUGCUGCGAGUGUAUCUCAGCAGCAGACAGCAAACAAAGAAGAAGAAGCUCUUCUGGAUCUCUUCACCCCGGCAGACUGCUGCUGUCGGUGCAGUUCUAUCAGCAACAGCAGCAGCAGCAACAGCAGCAACAGCAGCAGCAGCAGCAGCAACAGCAGCAGCAGCAGCAACAGCAAACAAAGAAGAAGAAGCCCUUCUGGAUCUCUUCACCCCGGCAGACUGCUGCUGUCGGUGCAGUCCUAUCAGCAACAGCAGCAGCAGCAACAGCAGCAGCAGCAGCAGCAGCAGCAACAGCAGCAGCAGCAGCAGCAACGCAGCACCACGUCUGCCUGCCUGGCGGCUGUUGGAGACCCUGCGGGCCUUUCUGCUGCUCAGGAGACUCCGCGGCUCAGAGCCCAGCAGCAGCAGCAGCAGCAGCAGCAGCAGCAGCAGCAGCAGCAGCAGCAGCAGGGGAGAAAUAAUUGUAUGGAAAGUAUUGCGGCGGUUUCUCUAUGAGAGCUGCGCAGUUGAAUGUUUGCUUCUCAACAGCAGCAGCAGCAGCAGCAGCAACAGCAGCAGCAGCAGCAACAGCAGCAGCAGCAGCAACAGCAGCAGCAGCAGCAGCAGCGAGGGGUCUUGCAGCUGCGACGGUUGCAAGCGUGCAGCAGCAGCAGCAGCAGCAGCAGCAGCAGGAGGCACCUCUAUAACUUCUGCUGCUGCAGUGAUGCGUCAGCUGCUGACUCUCCCUGAUCUCUGUGCUGCAGCAACCCCCCUGGGGGCCCCCCCCGGUUGGGGGGCCCCCCAGGGUACAGCGGGGGGCCCCCCUGCUGAGUUGGAGGGGCCCCAGCUGCUGCUGCGAGCCGCCAGUGCCCUGGCGGAGGCCUGGAGGAGACACACAGAGCAGCAGCAGCAGCAAGAGCAGCAGCAAGAGUGGUUGCGGGGGGCCUCGGGGGCCCCCCUAUCUAAGGCAGUAUUUCAAACCCUAAACAUCUUCUUCUCUCUACCCCUCAAGCCGGGGGGCCCCCUUGGGGGGGCCCCUGAGGGUUUGAACCCUCUUGGGGUUUGGGGGCUGGAGGCUUGGCGGUGCCUAAAAGCAGCAGUUGCUGCUGUUGCGGGGGCCCCCGGGGGGCCCCCCCUUAUAGUACAUUAUGCUGCUCAGCUGCUGGGUAGAGACGGUGGUGCUCCUUUUGCUGCUGCUGCUGCUGCUGCACUGAUUGAUAUAUUGGGGGGGGUGUGCCCUCUUCAGGGGCCCCUCAACAGCAGCAAACCAGCUGCAGCAGCAGCAGCAGCAGCAGCAGCAGACGCAGAUAUUAGAUGCUGCAGAGGAGACACAUGCUCAGCUUGUAGGUUCCCGGAUGUCUUGCAGCCCCAGCAGCAGCAGCAGCAGCAGCAGCAGCAGCAGGUGCAGCAGCAGCAGCAGCAGCAGGAGAGAGUGUUGCGUGAGGUGUAUGUACAGCUGCUGCAUGCGCUGCUGCAGCAGCAGCAGCAGCAGCAGAUGCAGAUAUUAGAUGCUGCAGAGGAGACACAUGCUCAGCUUGUAGGUUCCCGGAUGUCUUGCAACCCCAGCAGCAGCAGCAGCAGCAGCAGCAGCAGCAGCAGGAGAGAGUGUUGCGUGAGGUGUAUGUACAGCUGCUGCAUGCGCUGCUUGUUGCACAAAGCAGCAGCAAAAGCAGCAGCAGCAGCAGCAGCACGACAACAACAACAACAACCAGCAGCAGCAGCAGCAGCAGCAGCAGCAGCAGCAGCAGCAGCAGCAGCAGCAGGAGAUUUGUCUCUAGGAGACUGGCUGCGAUGGGCUAGCGAGCAGCAGCAGCAGCAGCUGUCGGUGCAGCAGCAGGUGUCUUUGACGUUCUGUCUGCUGCGUUUUCUGCUGCACAAAGCAGCAGCAAAAGCAGCAGCAGCAGCAGCAGCAGCAGCACAACAACAACAACAACAACCAGCAGCAGCAGCAGCAGCAGCAGCAGCAGCAGCAGCAGCAGCAGGAGAUUUGUCUCUAGGAGACUGGGAAGCAGCACAGCUCAUGGAGGGUAUUCAUCUGCGUCUUCUUGCUGCUGAGGAGAUACUGCGUUGCUGCGGCAUGGCAGCAGCAGAAGGGUUUGCUGCUGCAGCAUUAGGGGGCCCCAAACCCUCUACACCACCGCAUGCAGGGGCCCCCAACAACACGGGGGCCCCCAGUACCCUUUCAGCAGCAGAAGAAGACGACGAGGGGCCCCUUGUCUUCAGGCCCCUCAGAGACAGCCAGCUGCUGCUGCGCUCUCCUCAUCUGCUGCCUCUCUGCCAGUCUACACCCGCUGCUGCGCGAUGCGGCGGUGGUGCAGCAGCAGAUAGAAGGGCAGGGGCCCCCAACAACACGGGGGCCCCCAGUACCCUUUCAGCAGCAGAAGAAGAGGAUGAGGGGCCCCUUGUCUUCAGGCCCCUCAGAGACAGCCAGCUGCUGCUGCGCUCUCCUCAUCUGCUGCCUGGGGGCCCCCCGAGGGGCCCCUUGAGGGGGCCCCUUGGGGGCCCCUGGGGGGGCCCCUGGACUGUGUUCAGUCUACACCCGCUGCUGCGCGAUGCGGCGGUGGUGCAGCAGCAGAUAGAAGCAAAGGAGGUGCAGCAUGCAGCAGAAGCAGCAGCAGCAGGAGCAGCAACAGCAGCAGCAGCAGCAGCAACAACAACACCAGCAGCAGCAGCAGCUUUACCUCAUCUGACAGGGGCCCUGGGGGCCCCCCCUUGGUCUCAUCUAUUAGCUGCUAUUCGCUUCUCUCUUGUGGGGGCCCCCCGUACCUGGGAUGAUGGGGGCCCCCAAGAGGGGGCCCCCUAUGGGGGGCCCCCCACAGCAGCCCUGACCUCCUCUGAGGGGGCCCCCCUGGAGGGGGCGCCAUUCGCUUCUCUCUUGCGGGGGCCCCCCGUACCUGGGAUGAUGGGGGGGCCCCCUAUGGGGGGCCCCCCACAGCAGCCCUGA